CAAAAAAAAGUUGUUCGCGUGUUUUUGCUGAAAUUCGGUUCUUUUGAAUGACCAUUUUCUCUGCAAUUUAACCACUGGCAAACGAAUUCUGAACGAUAUUUGAUCCAUUCAAACAUUUUCUUCCGAAAUCUGUAACGAAACAACGAGGAUUCCUUCUAAAAUUUCAAUUUUUCAUAACACUUGGAGCAAGACAUGAGUGCGGCGAAACGGAAUCAACCGACGUGGCAGGCACCCACGGAAAAGUCUGAGGCAAAAUUGAAGUUGUACAACAGUUUAACACGUCAAAAGGAGCUUUUUGUGCCGCUGGAUGGCAAAAAUGUCAAAUGGUACAGUUGCGGACCCACAGUUUACGAUGCCUCGCAUAUGGGACACGCUCGUUCUUACAUUUCCUUCGAUAUUUUGCGACGAGUGCUAACGGAUUACUUUGGUUAUAACGUCUUGUAUGUGAUGAAUAUCACGGAUAUUGACGACAAAAUUAUCAAACGAGCACGUCAAAAUUACCUCUACGAGAAUUAUUUGAAGAAAGAACUUCCCAUCGAGACUCUGAUCGAAGAUCAGCAAAAGGCAAUGUCGCAAUUUAAUGAAAAUUUGCAAAAAACGACGGAUCCCGAUAAGAAAGUGAUGCUCACAAAAACCUUGGAUAAGGUGCAAGUAGCUGUCGAUGCCUUAACUGCUGCUGUUAAAUCGGGUGACGACACAAAAAUCAAAGAAGCAGCUAAAAUUUUCCUUCUGGAAGCGAAAGAUCCCAUUUCGGACUACUUGGAUAAGCAAUUUGGAGCGACAGUGACAGACAAUGCGAUUUUCGAAACUCUUCCUCGUUACUGGGAGGAUCAAUUUCAUCGCGAUAUGACAGCUUUAAACGUUCUUCCGCCCGAUAUUUUGACUCGUGUGAGCGAAUAUGUCCCGCAAAUCGUCACGUACAUCCAAAAAAUCAUCUCCAACGGGUUCGCUUACGAGGCAAAUGGCUCCGUUUACUUCGACGUAGCGGGAUUCGACAAACGCGACAAUCAUCAUUACGCGAAAUUGGUGCCCGAAGCGUAUGGCGACACGAGUUCCUUGCAAGAGGGCGAAGGAGAUUUGUGUAUUUCGGAAGAGCGACUUUCGGAGAAACGUUCGCCGAAUGAUUUUGCACUGUGGAAAGCGAGUAAAGCGGGCGAACCGGCAUGGGAUUCGCCAUGGGGCAAAGGACGACCCGGAUGGCAUAUCGAAUGUUCGGCAAUGGCUUCCGAUAUUUGCGGCGAUACGUUGGAUAUUCACACGGGCGGUGUCGAUUUGAAGUUUCCGCAUCACGACAACGAAAUUGCGCAGAGUGAAGCGCAUUUUGACACGCCAGAAUGGGUAAAAUAUUUCCUUCAUACGGGACAUUUGACGAUUUCUGGAUGCAAAAUGUCAAAAUCGCUCAAGAAUUUCAUCACGAUUCAACAAGCGUUGCAAAAACACACCGCGACCCAACUGAGAUUCGCAUUUUUGUUGCAUUCGUGGAAAGAUACGCUCGAUUAUUCGGACAACACGAUGGAAAUUGCGAUUUCUUACGAAAAAAUUAUGAACGAAUUUUUCCUGAAUGUCAAAGAUUUAACGAGAAACAUCGUUUCGGGCGUUCCUUGUGACAUGUUCCAAGAAUGGACCUCGAAAGAUCAAGAUUUGCAAAUAAAAUUCAACGAAGCCAAGUCAGCAGUGCACACAGCCCUAUGUGAUAACAUUGACACCCGUUCAGCUUUGGAUGCCCUCCGAGAUCUCGUUUCGCACUCGAACAUUUACCUUCGGGACAACUCGAAAUUCAAUGGACUCCUUUUGCGACGCAUCGCGAUGUAUGUCACUGACAUCCUGAACAUUUUCGGGGCAAUUUCAGGUCCUCGCGGCGGAAUUGGAUUCCCCAUGAAAGGAUCCAGCGACGGAAAUUUGGAAGAUAUUGUCAUGCCUUACCUCACUCCCUUGGCGGAAUUCAGAAAUGCGAUUCGAGAACACGCGCGAACCUUGAAAGCUACGGAAAUUCUCAAAUUAUGUGAUCAAUUGCGAGAUGAGACACUUCCGAAUUUGGGAGUUCGUUUAGAAGACAGAGAAGGAAAGCCGUCAGCUUUAAAACUCGUCGAUCGUGAAACACUGCUGAAAGAACGUGAAGCCAAAAAAGCAUUGGAAGCGGAGAAAUUGGCAGAAAAAGAGAGGAAAAAGGCAGAAUUAGCAGCUGCACAAGCCGCCAAAGAGGCACAAAAGAAAAUUAACCCGCUGGAAAUGUUUAAACUCGAAAAAGAUAAAUAUUCGGCGUUUGAUGAUAAGGGUAUUCCAACGCACGAUGCUGAAGGAAAGGAAAUUGGAAAAGGACAACAGAAAAAAUUACAAAAACUGCAACAAGCUCAAGAAAAAAGAUAUAACGAGUACUUAGCCUCUUUGAAUGCAGCUGCCUAAAAAAGAUUAUGCUUUUAACCAAUUUUUUAAAUAAAAUAAAAAUAAAUUGAUAUUUCAUUAUUUAACACCG